AUGUCUGCUAGUGAAAGUCAUCCUAAGAAAUGGUUGAUCGCUUAUAAUUCAAUAUCAUCUUCAUUAUGGUCUAUUAUUUUAUUUAAUACCGUUUUUUUGGGCACCUUUUUGGGCCAACCGAUACUCUUCGACAAGACUAACAAGAUACUUACUAUAGUUCAGACGUGUGCUGUAGUUGAAAUCUUCAAUGCUGCAUUUGGAUACGUGAGAUCACCGUUGUUUACUACUAUUGUACAGGUAUUUUCAAGGUUGCUAAUUGUGUAUGGAAUUUGCCAAUUUUUGCCUGAUUCACCGGCGAAUUCUCAUUGGUGCUAUAUAACCUUGGGCUUGAGCUGGUCAAUUACUGAAAUAAUCAGGUAUUCUUAUUAUGCGUUGAGCUUAACUGGUCCAGGAAAGGUACCUCAUUAUUUGACAUGGGCUAGAUACUCAUUCUUUUUGGUGUUAUACCCCACAGGUGUAAGUUCUGAGUUGCUUAUGAUAUACUUAUCAUUGGACGAAGCAACAUCCAAAGUUGGAGCAUGGUAUUCUUUGCUUUUGAAAAUUAUUAUGGCAACGUAUAUCCCAGGUUUCUAUAUGUUAUAUACUUAUAUGCUUAAACAGAGGAAGAAGAUUUUGGGUAAGAAAGUUGAGCCAUCUUCUACCAAGAAAACUGAUUAA